ACACAUGCAUUUUCUGUUAACAUGCCUCAGUCCCAUUGGAUUUUUUUCCCAAUGGGUUCACGCCAGCACAACUACAGAUAGUCCCUUUCAGUCGCUCCAUAAUUUAUUGUCAUUUCACGACGCGCUUUAUUCUAAUUGAUUGAUCGUCAGGCUGUGUUUUUAUAUAUUUAUUUCUGUUGUUUAUGAUAUGAUUGGCAUUAACAUAACUUUAGGGGAAAAUAAACAGACAUUCGGUGGGUUUCUUGAACGAGAAUUCAUCUAAUUUUUUGAGAUUGAUUGAAUUCACGAGAGACUGAUUUGAAUUGGAUUUUUUAUACACAUAUUACGCAGCGUUUUUAUUUUUUCAUUAUUUUUUUUUGUCGACAUUUUUGAAUUUUCUUUCUGUCUCUUCUGUGCAUUUAUACUUCAAAUUUUGAAUUUUGAGUACUGGGUUGAAGUUUUCAAAAUUGAAAUUAAAAUUUAGGGUUCUGCACGUGUUCAAAGAAUUCGUGGUCAAGGUAAUAUGAAAUGAAAAUUCCGGGAUUUGUCAAUUUUCUUGGUAUUUAAUAGAGAAUGAAGGCUUGCUGCAGCUCUUGUACGCAUUGAUGGUGGGGUGUUGAUUGAGAAUUUAGAGAAUUAUGGUUUACUCAUAGUGGAUUUCAAUGAAUUUGGGACUUUGAGCAAGAAUUUGUGGGGGUUGCAUUUCGUUGGAAGAUAAUUGAUUGAUCCUGUUUGGAGUUGAUUUCUGUUAUUAUCUAAAGUGGCAUUGGGGAUCGGAAAUGGAUAUGAUAUCAAUAAGCGAAUGAAAAUAUCAGAAUGAGAGGUAAGGGAGGGUUGUUAAGGCCAUGGAUGCCUCAGAUAGUAAUACAUUCUCUGAUGUAGUGAGCUUGUUAAAAUCUUGGAUUCCUUGGCGGUCCGAGCCAACUAAUGUGUCAAGGGACUUUUGGAUGCCCGACCAGAGCUGCAGGGUAUGCUACGAUUGUGAUUCACAAUUCACUUUGUUAAACCGCAGGCAUCACUGUCGACUUUGCGGUAGAGUUUUCUGUGCCAAGUGUACAUCAAACUGGGUUUCUGCACCAUCUAGCGACCAAAAUAGGCAGCAGGAAGAUUGGGAUAAGAUCAGGGCCUGUAAUUACUGCUUCAAGCAAUGGGAACAGGGUUUAACAUCGACUGUUAAUAAUGGGAUCCAGGUUGACAACCUAGAUCUCAGCAGUACUUCGUCAUCAGUGACCAGCUUCAUCAGCAUCAAGUCUGGCGGAACCUGUGACAGUAGUAGCAUUACCUUUGCAUCAGUGCCACAGUCUGCUGGACUUACCCCACAUCAUUCAGCAAUAAUGGAAAAGACUCAAGCCCUUUCAUUCGCAACGAACAAUAGUCAUUCUGCAGAAACAGGGGAACCGAAUAGUUCUGUGAAUGAAUUUGAAUUUUGCGUAAACAGUGAAAUGGCUGCCAAAGAAAUUGGUUUGCAAAACUCUUUUCAGGAAGUCUGGAAUGAUGCUAGGUAUUAUACAGCACAUAGGAUGUUAUUCUCCAAGAGUGAUGAUGAUGAUGAAGAUUUUGGAAUCUAUCAUUUAGAUAAUGAAACAAGGCAUUUUCCUCCAGUCGAUGGCUGCUACAAUCAUAUUCAGUUCGACGAUAUUGAAAGCGAUUAUGUAUCACGUAAAGUGCAUCCGGAUAGAGAUGCCGUUGAUCCAAAUGUUACUAGCAGCUCUUCAUUACACAAUAGUUUUGGUCCCCAGACUCCCGAAGAAGGCCAGCACAUUCUUGAAAAAGAAGGUGAACAUGAGAUUGGUGAUGAAUGUGAAGCACCUUCAUUCCAUGGUAAUGCUAACACUGUUGAAGAUGUUGAUACUGAACCUGUGGACUUUGAAAACAAUGGACUUCUCUGGCUCCCUCCUGAACCAGAAGAUGAAGAAGAUGACAGGGAAACAUUCUUGUUUGAUGAUGAGGAAGAUGCUGACGCUACUGGAGAGUGGGGAUGUUUACGCACUUCAAGUAGCUUUGGGAGUGGGGAGUACCAAAGUAAGAACAAAUCAAAUGAGAAAAAGGGUAUGAAGAAUGUCGUUGACGGCCAUUUUAGGACUUUAGUUUCUCAGCUCUUGCAGGUGGAGAACCUUGCUUCAGGGGAGGAAGAUGACAAAGAUAGUUGGUUAGAAAUAAUUACAUCAUUGUCAUGGGAAGCUGCUACAUUAUUAAAGCCAGAUACAAGCAAGGGUGGGCAAAUGGACCCGGGAGGAUAUGUGAAGGUAAAAUGUUUAGCUUCUGGGCAUCGCAGCGAGAGUAUGGUGGUCAAAGGAGUUGUUUGCAAAAAGAAUGUGGCUCAUCGCCGGAUGGCAUCAAAAAUGGAGAAGCCUCGUUUGAUGAUCCUUGGAGGGGCUCUUGAAUAUCAGCGGGUUUCGAACCUUCUUUCAAGCGUUGAUACCCUGUUGCAGCAGGAAAUGGAUCAUCUUAAGAUGGCUGUUGCAAAAAUAAAUUCACGCCAACCUGAUAUUCUUCUGGUGGAGAAAUCUGUUUCACGAUUUGCACAAGAGUACCUUCUUGCAAAAGAUAUAUCACUGGUUCUAAAUAUCAAAAGGCCACUUUUGGAGCGCAUAGCCCGUUGUACAGGUGGUGACAUAAUUCCUUCAAUUGACCACCUCUCAUCCCAGAAGUUGGGAUACUGUGACAAGUUCCAUGUUGAGAGGUUUUUAGAAGAGCAUGGAACAGCUGAGCAGGGGGGAAAGAAGCUGAUGAAAACACUAAUGUAUUUUGAAGGUUGUCCAAAGCCACUGGGAUACACAAUAUUACUACGAGGAGCUAAUGGGAACGAGUUGAAGAAAGUGAAGCAUGUGGUACAGUAUGGAGUUUUUGCAGCAUAUCACCUAGCUUUAGAAACAUCUUUUCUUGCUGAUGAAGGAGCCUCUCUGCCUGAAAUACCAUUAAACUCUACAAUAACAGUGGCACUUCCAGAUAAACCAUCAAGUACUGACAGGUCAAUCUCGACGAUACUUGGUUUUACCGCCACUGCCAAUGAAAUGGGACCUCAAUACGCUGGUAAACCUCAAAAGUCAAAUUAUGUUCAUACUUCAGAUCUGGGAAAGGUCACAGGUGUUGUGAUUCAGAAAAAAGAAGUGCCAGAGACUACUAGCGCCCCUAUUGCUACAAGCUCUCACAUCACCAAAUCCUUAGUCUCAUCGUCUGGUGAUGCGUCACAAGAAAGAUGUCUAUCAGAUUUGACAGAAUAUUCAGGUAGGAGAAAUUCUGUAGCAGACAACAUCCUGGCUGACACACAAAAUAGUCUCAUGGCUAAUGAUUUUGGGGAUUUCAAUGUCAACAAUAAGCAAAAUGACUGUUGUCCCAUGGAUGCCAACUGUAGUAUUUCAAAUCCACAGUCUUUGCAGUUUGAUGGAGAACACAUUCUUCAGGAACGAACGUCUCUUAAAGAAGAGUUUCCUCCAUCUCCCUCUGACCAUCAAAGCAUUUUAGUUUCCUUAUCAUCGCGGUGUGUUUGGAAGGGAACUGUCUGUGAAAGGUCCCAUCUAUUUCGUAUUAAAUACUAUGGAAACUUUGACAAGCCACUGGGCCGAUUUCUGCGGGAUCAUUUAUUUGAUCAAAGUUAUAGAUGCCGCUCAUGUGAGAUGCCCUCGGAAGCUCAUGUUCAGUGUUAUACUCAUCGACAAGGUACCCUUACAAUUUCAGUUAAGAAACUGCCAGAAAUUUUAUUGCUGGGCGAAAGGGAAGGAAAGAUUUGGAUGUGGCACAGGUGCUUGAGGUGUCCACGUGCUAAUGGCUUCCCCCCAGCAACUCGAAGAGUUCUGAUGUCUGAUGCUGCUUGGGGGUUGUCCUUUGGGAAGUUUUUAGAGCUAAGCUUUUCAAAUCAUGCAGCUGCUAGCAGGGUGGCAAGUUGUGGCCAUUCUUUACAUAGAGACUGUCUUCGGUUUUAUGGAUUUGGUAAGAUGGUUGCUUGCUUUCGUUACGCAUCAAUUGAUGUUCACUCAGUCUACCUUCCUCCCGCCAAACUUAAUUUCAACCUUGAGAGUCAAGAGUGGAUACAGAAAGAACUGAAUGAGGUAGCUGGCCGGGCUAAGCUUUUGUUCUCUGAAGUGCAAAAUGCUCUUUGCCAUUUGGUAGAGAAGAAAUCUGGGUCAGAUUUACUUAAUAGUGGCAUGAAAGUACCUGAAUCAAGUUGUCAGCUAGCAGAUUUGGAAGGGGUGUUGCAGAAAGAGAAAGCUGAGUUUGAGGAGGCACUCCAGAGAAUUUUAAAUAAAGAGGCCAAAAAGGGCCAACCAGCCAUCGAUAUUCUUGAGCUCAAUCGACUGCGAAGACAGCUUGUCUUCCAAUCUUAUAUGUGGGACCACCGCCUCAUAUAUGCAGCCAGUUCAGAUGACAAGAACCAACAGGAUGAUGCCUUCAAUACAGAACCCGUUGAGAAACCCCCUCCCCCUUGGGUUGAUGGGAAUCUUGUCGGUUCCAAUGUUUCAGUUAAGACAUGUGACGAUUCUGAUGUUGUUCUUUCAGAUGCGAAACAUGGAAAAAACCAAGAUCUAGGGUCAAGAGAUAGCUACAAGAACUAUUAUAAAGUUUGUGGUCAAAGAACUGAUGUAGUUACUAACUUUAAUCAUGAAACUGAAAACCCAUUAACAUCCUUUGCCGGGACAAAGGCCUAUGAUAAAUCCAACCUUCUGGAAUCGGAUGCUACUGUUCGUAGAGCCCUCUCUGAUGAGCAAUUCCCUACUGUGGCAAGUUUAUCAGAUACCCUUGAUGCAGCUUGGACCGGUGAAAAUCACACAGGGAUUGGAUUCCCCAAGAAUAAUACUAUUUCUGAAUUAGUUGAUGCAGAUUCUUCAACCUCCAUUGGAGUGGGAGAAAAACUGGAUGUCGGAGACCAUGGAGAGGAUUUGAACUGGUCUAAGGUGUCUCCUUCACCUCCUGUGUUAUCUGCCAAGGGCUCUGAUACUAUGGAAGAUAGUAUGAGCUGGUUAAGUAUGCCGUUUAUAAGCUUCUAUCGGUCAUUAAACAAAAACUUUUCAGGGGCUGCUCAGAAACUGGACACACUUAGUGAUUACAAUCCAGUCUAUAUAUCAUCAUUUAGAGAGUUGGAACUCCGAGGUGGGGCUAGCUUACUCUUGCCUGUAGGAGUUAAUGAUACUGUUAUUUCAGUGUAUGAUGAUGAGCCCACGAGUAUUAUAUCUUAUGCACUUGUUUCUCCUGAUUAUCUUUUCCAAGUGUCUGAUGAUCUUGAGAGACCAAAGGACACUACAAACUCAAUGGUUGGUAUGCAGUCCCUUGAUUCUGCUAAUUUCCAGUCCUUCUCUUCUAUUGAUGAUAUAACACUGGAAUCCUAUAAAAGUUUCGGUUCUGGAGAUGAAAGCAUCUUAUCUCUGUCUAGUUCUCGUAGUUCCUUGCCUUUGGAUCCCCUCUCAUAUACAAAAGCUUUGCAUGCCAAGGUAUCUUUUGAGGGUGAAGGACCCCUUGGGAAAGUGAAAUAUACAGUUACUUGUUACUAUGCAAAGCGUUUUGAAGCCUUGAGGAGGAUUUGCUGUCCAUCUGAGGUGGAUUUCAUUAGGUCUCUUAGCCGGUGUAAGAAGUGGGGAGCACAAGGAGGCAAGAGCAAUGUCUUUUUUGCAAAAACCAUGGAUGAACGAUUUAUUAUUAAGCAAGUGACAAAGACUGAGCUGGAAUCAUUCAUCAAGUUUGCCCCUGGGUAUUUUAAAUAUCUUUCUGAGUCAAUUGACUCUCAUAGUCCAACAUGCCUGGCCAAGAUCCUAGGAAUGUAUCAGGUAAUGUCCAAACAUCUUAAAGGAGGGAAGGAAUCAAAAAUGGAUGUACUUGUUAUGGAGAAUCUUCUGUUUGGAAGAAAUCUGACUCGGCUUUAUGAUCUCAAAGGAUCCUCGAGAUCUCGGUAUAAUCCUAAUUCUAGUGGAAGUAAUAAGGUUUUGCUGGAUCAGAACUUGAUCGAAGCAAUGCCUACGUCACCCAUUUUUGUUGGAAAUAAAGCGAAGAGAUUUUUGGAAAGAGCAGUCUGGAAUGAUACUGCUUUUCUUGCUUCAAUAGAUGUAAUGGAUUAUUCGCUACUGGUUGGGGUCGAUGAAGAGAAGAAUGAACUUGUUCUUGGGAUUAUUGACUUCAUGAGACAGUAUACGUGGGACAAGCACCUCGAGACAUGGGUGAAGGCAUCGGGCAUCCUUGGUGGACCCAAAGAUGCUUCACCGACAGUAAUUUCCCCAAAGCAGUACAAAAAGAGGUUCAGGAAAGCGAUGACUGCCUAUUUUCUGAUGGUUCCAGAUCAAUGGUCACCUCCCACAGUAGCUCCUAGCAAGUCUCAGACGGAUCUAUGUGAAGAGAAUGCAUACUCUGCUGAGUAAUUCCCUCCUAGGUUAUCAAUGUUUUUGCAAUUCUUUUUAAUUUUUCACUCAAAUUCUAUUGGAAGAAGCCUUAUCCUUUUGGAUUCUCUUUUCAAUGAGUAUUCAUAUGGUCAGAAGAUAGAAAACAAUGCUGUUAUUGCCAUUGAAAUUAAAAUUAUACCUACCCAGAAA